CCUUCCCAAGGGAGCUUGAGUAAGCAAUACCCUCCACGUUAUGCUCCCUGGUGGAUGAGGUGGUAUGCAACAUGGCCAACUGAGGCUGAUUCUUUCAGACGUUAGACAGUAUUAUAUGUUUUCUCUUCCUCAUCCUAUCUACACAUGAGAAGUUCACCAUGGAUCAAGCAGAGCAGAGAGACCACAAAGUAGAUAUGGAGGUUAACGUGAGGCUGGGAAGAUGACUAAACUUGAGGAGCACCUGGAGGGAAUCGUCAAUAUCUUCCACCAAUACUCAGUUCGGACGGGGAAUUUUGACACCCUCUCUAAGGGUGAGCUGAAGCAGCUGAUGGCAAAGGAGCUUGUAAACCUCAUCAAGAAUGCCAAAGAUAAAGCUACUGUUGACAAAACAUUCCAAGAUCUGGAUGCUAAUCAAGAUAAUCAGGUCAACUUCCAGGAAUUCAUAUCCCUGUUGGCCGUUGUGCUGAAGGCUUCCCAUGAAAAUAUCCACAAAGAGUAGGAAGCUCUCUGAAGACCUUUUACCCAGCAGUGUCCCCAACGAGGGUCUUUCCUUUCCCUCACCAAAACCCAGCCUUGCCUGAGGGGAGUGAGAGUUAAUAAAUAUACUCAUGAAAAGUUC